AUGAAUAUCAGAUAUUCCAAAUUGAUGCCGCCCCGAGAGCCCGAAAAAUCGACUAUCGAUAAACUGACAUACGUCGCUUGUGUUGUCCAUGUUGUUUGGAGGUUGGCGAUCCUUGCCUUCCUUGGCUGGUUGGCAUUUUCCUCUACCUCGACUCUGGCUCUGAAUCUGAAUGACCUGGUCUCCCAACAAGGAACUAGCACCAGUGUAAGUACUCACUCUCUCACAAACCAACAAAUUUCGACCGACAACUUCAUUUCCUUCGCAAAAGCCACUAAUCUGGGCACGGAGUAUCUGAGCUCUACUUCCGAAUCAACGCCCCCUGUUCCGAAACUUCCUUUGGCGCAGGUCAUGAAGAGUAUCCAAGAGACGUUGACACUUGACAACUCACAAUUUGGAAAGUAUAUUCUUCCUACUUCCCUCUCAAUUUUUGUCCACUACGUCCUUGACGGCUUCGCGUUGGAGUCCUGUUACAAUAGAAGCGCACACGCCAAGUUCCUCCUUUACGGAUAUCACUUUACUUGGAUUGAGAUGAUUGUUGUGUCAGUGUUUAUUGCUGCAGGUUGUAAGUCUUCGCCAGGAGUCUCUAUGUACUCUGCCUUCCUUUUUUAUUUGUGCUUCAUGAACUUCAACUACCACAUGGCUGCAGCCGAAACCGUCGCGCGUACUCCCGCCGAAGGCUCUAAACUUGAUGAAGAAGGGAAGGUUGGCGACAAUCCUGAUUCUGACGACACGGCUUCAAACAACAAAUCUGGUCCACGUGGCGACAUUGUGACCAUUCAUGAGCAGAAUAAUUAUCACUUCAACCAACAUUUCCAUCCUCCAUGGGAACAUGCUCGUCCACGCGUUGCACCUUUCGCUCCGGGAACUUCAGCACCAUCAGGCCAGGGCACGUCUCAAGGAAACGCCUCCACCGCAUCCCCUGAAGCGGCCACCGGUGCAUCUGAAACGAUUCAAGACGAUGGAAGUCAUGAAUCGUAUGAGAGGUUUGGAGGAAGAGUCACUUCACCCAACCAGGCCCCUCAGCAAAACUCAACAUGA